AUGAACGGCGUCGUUGCAACUGAGCAUCCAAUCUGUUCCGAGGUUGGUGUCCAAGUACUAAAAGAGGGUGGAUCUGCUGUCGAUGCUGCUGUUGCUGCUGGUCUAUGUAUUGGUGUUACGAAUAUGUACAGUAGUGGUAUUGGUGGUGGUGGUUUUAUGGUUAUCCGGAGCAAAAAUGGUGCUGCUGAAUAUAUUGAUUUCAGAGAAGAAGCACCUGCAAGAUCGUCCAAGGACAUGUUUAAGAGUGAUCCAUCCAAGGCUCGAACUGGUGGACUUGCUGUUGGUGUUCCAGGAGAGUUGUAUGGCUACUGGACUGCUCAUCAAAAAUACGGAAAACUUCCUUGGGCUAGAUUAGUCCAGCCAUCGAUUGAUCUUGCCAAGCAUGGGUUUCUGAUCAACACAGAUUUAGCUCAGCGUAUAAAGAUUGGAGAAGCCAUGAUCAUGAACAGCCCUCCCUUUCGCAGAGAAUUUGCGCCAAGAGGUCGCAUCUUGCGUGUCAAUGAAGUUCUAUAUCGUCCAACGCUUGCUCGUACGCUUGAAACCAUUGCUCAAGAUGGUAUUAAUUCUUUUUAUCGUGGAUGGAUUGCUACGUCGCUUGUUGCAACUGUUCAGCGUAAUGGUGGAAUUAUUACAUUGAACGAUAUGGCUGCUUAUAGACCUGUCCAAUCUCGGGCCCUCGAGGGAACAUUCCGUGGUCGUCGUGUUAUUACUACUCCACCGCCAACCUCUGGUCCUGUUAUGCUUUCAAUUCUUAAUAUUCUUGAAGGCUACGAUUUUUCUUCUGCAUCGCCCCGCAACUAUCACACCAUGAUGGAAGCCUUCAAGUAUGGAUACGCACAGCGCUCCUACUAUGGUGACCCAAUUGAUCCCAUUUAUCGUAAUAUUAGCAGAAUUGCACGAACCAAUAUUCUCAAGUCUACUGCCAAUCGUAUCCGUCAGGGUAUCAAUCCAGGUCGCACAUUUGAGCCAGACCAUUAUGAAGCAGCAUAUGAUGUCUUGACCGAUCACGGUACCAUGCAUUUAUCUGUUCUUAAUGCCGAGGGAGAAGCUGUUUCACUUACUUCGACUGUCAAUCUUCUUUUUGGAUCAAAGAUCAUGGACUCUAAUACAGGCAUCAUUCUUAACGAUCAAAUGGAUGACUUUUCUAUUCCAGGCACGUCCAACGCAUUUAAUUUGGCUUCCUCUCCAUACAACUAUAUUCAUCCAAGAAAGCGACCCCUUUCUAGCAGUGUGCCGACCAUUAUUGAAUCGAAUGGAAAAGUUGAAGCUGUCGCAGGAGCUAGUGGAGGAAGUAUGAUUAUUACAUCUACGCUUCAAGUGCUAGUAGGCAUGUUGGAAUGGGGAAUGAACCCAGCAGAAGCUGUUCAUAUGCCUAGAGCUCAUCAUCAGCUUCUACCCAACAGAGCGGUGCUUGAAUAUGCUUUUAAUCGUGAUACAGCCAAAAGUCUAACAUCUAAGGGACAUGUUAUAACAUGGUUUGCUCAAAACGAACACCGUACAGGUGUUCAAGCCAUUAAACGACUACCCAAUGGCGUCUUACAAGCCUCGUCUGAUUUCCGCAAAGGUGGUAUAGCUGCAGGGUAUUGA